AACAUCGCGGCAGCACUCGAUGCUCCUUCCUCUUCUAAUGCUUACCCUCUCCUCCUUAGCUUCCUGCUCAGCUCUGGUCCACACCGUUUAAAAAGCAUAAACACAUCUGUGCACCAUCCUUGGAGCAUCACUUCUUAUGGCAGUUUCUAGGAUCACUUGGUGGAGGUUGAUAUCUGCGAUCUUUGGAAUAAAAUGUCUUCUGUUGAUGGUUACAUUGGGAGUGUUGAUGAAAAAUUCUUUUACUAUACAAAACAUUCAACCAACACCUUCUCCAGCCCCCACUGUAGGAUUCCAGGAAGUUUGUGAAUGCUGUGCUUGCCCGGGAAAAUGGAUUGGAUAUCAGUGCAACUGUUACUUCAUUUCCAAAGAUGAAAAAUCUUGGGAAGCAAGCAGAGAUUUCUGUGCCUCCCAGAAUUCCAGCCUUCUUCAGCUCCAAACCAGAAAUGAAUUGAGUUUUAUGAGCUCCAGUCAAACUUUUUUCUGGAUUGGAAUGCAUCAUAGUAAAGAGUGGAAUACCUGGGUCUGGACAGAUGGCUCAUUUCCCUCAAAAGAGCUAUUUCCAGAGUUCUCAGAUACCAAGCCAAGGGACUGCAUUGCUUAUAGUCCAAGCGAAAUAGUUUCUAUUGAUUUCUGUAAAAGUAAAAACCGUUAUAUCUGUAAGCAACUGCCUAUUUAAAUGCUUCUUAAGGCUAAAGAUAUAGACAAGAAAGAUACAGAAUUACUACAAUUAGUAACUUACAUCUUACAGUAUUACUGCCUUUCCAUCUUGAGUCUGCAGAAUGUUUCUGUCGCCUCUCAUACAGUUUUCAUACAUUUGAACCCAAGCAUUUUAUACUUGAUGAAUUUUUCACACCUGUUCAUAAAAUUAGAAUGAAUCAAGGUAGAUGGUUUUUAUAAAUAUAUUGAUUUAUGAAAUGUAAUUUUAUUCACAUAUUCUUAUAAGGUUUUCUUUGAAACAUUAAAUAAAAUUUAUUCCAACCCACGUUGUAUGUAUUGACAUGGUUUGUAUUGGAACUGAAGUGAACCUGGAGAUACAAGUUUAAGGGAUAUAAUCACUUCACAGCAGCAAUUCUAGUCAACCAUGAGCAGGAGGCAGGCCUUUUUAUGCCUUAGCAUUUUCUCCAUUUUCUCUUCAGUAUUUUCAGGUUUUAAUUUCAGAAGUCUUACAUUACCUUAGUCAGCUUCAUUUCUUCUCCUCCUCCUCUUUCUCCUCCUCCUUUUU